AUGGCGCCCGAGCAGGACAGUGAAAUACAAUGGACUACGCUUUGGGACCCACACUUGAAUCCCCAUACAUCCGGAAGGCUCCGCCUGGAUGUCGCACAGAAAAGCCUCACUGGAGGACGGGUUCUGGUGGUUGGCCGCGUGGAAGUCCGUAGUUGCAGAUUCUAUACGAAAGAAAUCUUUGUCCUGAAUUUCAAGCCUUUUGAAUCCAACUCUCUCUGGGUUACAACCAGAGAGGAUUCCAAUUGCCGGAAGGUUUUUGCAAUGCAAGCCGAUCACUGGGAGAAUAACAUUUUUCUCGCUGGAAGGGGCACAUUGUCGAAGUGGUCGAGUCUUGUUCUCAUGCAUGUCGAUGCUAACGGAGAAAUGACACAGAUGACAUUAAAUGGAACCACGAAAGCAGACAUCGUCAUGAGACUGACCGGGUCAGAUGCUUUGGUCGCCGGUACUGCUGAUGAAGGUCCAACAGCCGGCCUAUAUGUCCAGAGGGUGAAAGAAAGACCAGGAUGGCAUUCGGAGUGGCAGGGCAUCGCCCAAUGGGCGUUGUUUAACCAAGGCAAUUUGUGGAAGGUAUGCGCCAUGCACAUUGAUGAUGGCGGCAACAGCAUUCUGUAUGGUCUUCUCCAUUCGCAUCACGAAUAUGAUUCCAGAUACUUGGACCAAAUUCUCCUUGCGAGCUUUGAUUCUUCUGGCCGUUCUCGCUGGAGUGCAAAAGAAAGGCCAGGGGUGGGGCAGGUCCUCCAAUGCGGUGCAAUGCAAGUUUUUCAAGGUAAGGCCUUCAUUGCUGGAGAGUUUGUUCGAUCGGGAUCGGUUCCUCCAAGAGAAGACAUUUUCCUGAUGCAUUUCGGAAAUUCAACCAUGCUAUGGGUGCAGAGAGAGGGUGGCGACAAUUUACAGCACCAUUUCAAAGCGAUGCAUGUGGAUGCUGUCGGCCAAGCCUUGGUGGCAGGCACACAGACACGGAGUGCCACCCUUGCUGCUCCCAGUCAAGCAGGUAUUUUUCUUAUGAAAUUUUCCAACCAUGGUGAUUUGAUAUGGAAAGAGUACCAGGAGACGCAGACGUCUCAAACCAUGACUGCCAUGUGGAUUCACAAUGCUACUGACAUUGCUUUGGCUGGCUUUGCAUUACAGAACUUGUCCAAGACAGCACAUUUGCGCGUGCUACAGGCCCAGGGCGGUGCGGCGUGCUACACUGACAGAAGAUUGGAGUACGACCAUUUCUUACCUGUUCUAUUUCUCUUCAGGGAGAAGUCUCGUGGGUGGGCACAGUGGCAGGGGAAGAGCGUUGGACCCAUCAGGGAUGUUCGUACGCAAGAGGAUUCGAAUGGAAAGUUCAGCUUGGUUGGUAUUACACCUGAUGCGACUGUCUCUAUCCUGAGUUUUGACGCUGCCAAAGCAGCAGCGAGCAUCACAAGUACAUCGACAAACACGCACAUUGCAACAUUUGCGCUGAUGAUCGGUCUGGCAGCAGGUGCCCUCAUGCUCUUCGUGAUUGUGAUCUCAGUGUGGUUUCGCUGCAAGCCGAAAGGAGGCGGCUGCAUGGUAAACGUUUUUACCAGGGUAGGUCAAGAGGAUGAAAUCAAGGGCCACGACACAGACUCAGAACCAGAGUCACGCACGUCUGACUCCGAGACUGGACAGGCUUCAUCAUCAUCAGAUUCUGACAACAACAGAGGAAGUGACAUUCCCUUUUGGAGAAGGGCUUGGGACGCAAUUUCUUCAUCGGUCCGCAAGUCAGCUACAGGUACUGGUAGCUCGAUUCCGAUGGGUUUGCAGAUCAGCAGGGCUUGCGAUGAGAUUUGCAAACAGGGCUGCGAACAGAAUAACGGCCCUCAAAAUAUGCUGUUGCAAGAUUGGUGUGCCAAGGCAAGGUCAGAAAAUGCCGACCCAGUACUGAAACAGAGUGUUUUUGGACUCAUGACUGCAACCGAGAUUGCCACAUUCCUCAUGGCAGCUGAGAAUAGACUGUGGCGUCAGAUCAUAGAUAAGACUGAGGAUUUUUUUUUAUCUGCUGGAUCGGACGCCUUCUCCAGAGUUGGGGGCUCAUGA